AUGGCGACGACAUCCUCGCAAACCCCUACCGAGAUACGUGGCGAAGUCAACGAGCUGCGUCAGCAUCUGCGGGAUCCGCAGAUUGACAGGGACCCCCUACGCAAGCGUGAGGUGCUGCGUAAAGUCAUUGCGCUCAUGACGAUGGGAGUCGACACGUCAAGCCUUUUCACAGAGAUGAUACUGGCAUGCUUCACCACAGACAUCGUGAGCAAGAAACUCAUCUACUUCUACCUUAUCAGUCGCUCUGAGAGCAAUGCAGAGCUCGCGCUGUUGAGCAUCAACACGCUGACGAAGGAGUGCAGCGAGGAGAGCCCGUUGGUGCGUGGCCUCGCGUUGCGUUCGCUGGCGUCUCUGCGGCUGCCGCAGCUGUUCGACUUCCUCAUCCCUGUCAUGAAGAAGGGCUUCUCCGACGCGUCACCGCAUGUGCGCAAGACGGCGUGCCUGUGCGCGCUGAAGGUGUUCCGCAUCUCACCUGGUGAGUUCCACAAGCACCACUUCCACGAACGCAUGCUCGGCAUGCUCCGCGACAGCGACUCUUUGGUGUCCAGCAACGCCUUAGCCGUUCUCGUUGAGGUGUCGCGCGUCGCCGAGGCGAACGGCACCACGGAGGGUGCGUUCGACGUGACAAAGCCGAUCCUGUACCACAUGCUGAACAAAAUAAGCAGCAUCCCGGAGUGGCACCAGCAGCAAGUAAUUAACCUUGUUCUCCGCUACACGCCAGCUGACGAGGAGGAAAUGUUCGACAUAAUGAAUCUACUUGAGGAACGUCUACAGAGUCAUAACAGUGACUUAAUUCUCAGUGUAUGUAACGUGUUUCUACGCCUCACGGAGAAUUAUCCUGCGGUGCAUCGGCAGGUUUUUGGCCGGCUGAAGCUGCCGCUCCUCACUUUGACGUCUUCCUGCUCUAAUGUGGAGGUGGCGUACGUGGUCUUGUGUCACAUAAAGCUUCUUGUUCAGCGCGAGCCGCAGGUUUUCCAGGACUCGUACAAAGCCUUUUACUGCCACUACACAGAACCAACGUACGUAAAGGCAGUGAAGAUCGAUAUAUUGUCGAUGUUAACGACGGAGACGUCGGCGGAGGAUAUCCUCAAAGAAUUUGUGGCCUACGCAUUUGAGCGUAACAAGGCGGUGACGCGUGCAUCCAUUGAGGCGAUGGGGCGCGUGGCGCUGCGCCUCCCCUCAACUGCGAAGUCGGUGCUGCAGUACUUUUUAAUAGUUCUAGAGCGUGACUGUGACCAUAGCCGUGGCAGGUGUCUCGUCGUAAUGAAGGACUACCUGCGCAAGUACCGAGAUAUCGCUGUUGUGCGGCCGUUUCUAGACACGCUUGUGGCGGUGUACCACGAGAUGAACUUCACGGACGACGAGAGCAAAGUGGCUCUGGUGUGGGUGCUGGGGGAACUCGGCGAGUAUAUUGAGGAUGCCCCAUAUAUUCUCGAGGGGAUGUGCAACAGCGGUCUGCUUGCUGAGACACCAGAGUUCCGUCUGCAGUUCCUCACCUCCGCACUGAUACUUUUCUUUAAACGUCCCCCUGAGAUGCAGCCGGUUCUCGGGGUGAUGUUCAAACUGCUCAUCAACGACUUUUCCAACGCCAAUGUGCAUGACCAGGCGCUGCUGUAUUACCGCCUCCUCCGCCAAAACCUUGCAGCGGCGGCCAAGGUCAUCUGCACUCCAAAGGCGGAGAUCAAGGAGUUCGUGGAGGACCAGAAUGCCGCCCUGCGGGACAAGCUCUUCGAGGAGUUUAACACACUUUCAGUUGUUUACCACCAGUCAAGUGACAACUUCAUGAACCCACCCGCAGCUACCAACGACGAUGAGGACGACGAGGAGGAGGAAGAAGAAGAAGGAGGGGAAGGAGGAGGAAACGACCAGGCAGGCGAAGAUCGUGGCGACAUGGACUCAAAAAGAGUCCAUGCAACGGCGGCAGUAGCAGCAGCAGCAGCAACAACGGCAUCUCAUGGUGAUGGCGAAUAUGCAGCGGCGAACAGGCAGGGUGCGGAGCAGAGCCUCUUGCACAGCGGCUUUGAGCUUGCUGAGGAUGCCAGUAUAGAGCCGCAAGAGUUCCAGAGCCGGUGGGGCGCUUUUGGUGGCGCGACAACUCUGCAGCUGGAGCUACGUUCAGUGCCCGACACCGCCGCAUUCGAAGAAGUCCUGGAGGACUGCGGCAUUAUCACACUCGCUUCUGGUGCGCAGGGAGGUGCGUUUAAGUGCUACCUUUACGCACAGGAGGAGGGCGACGACGACACAUACUUCCUCCUCGAGCUCUUUCUGUACAGCACCGGUGUUGUGAGCGUCACGGUCAAGUCUGACAACCCACACGUGCCGCAGUUUGUGGCGCUCUUCAAGAGGGUCAUGGAACAGUUCUGA